GAAGAGGAGGAGGAGGAGGAAGAGUUUAUGGAAAAGAAGAAGGGAAGAGGAGGAGGAGGAUGAAGAGGAUGAAGAGGAGGAAGAAGAAGAGGAGGAGGAGUAACGGAUUGGAUCCAAAAUCCCGGAAAAAGAAGGGAGGAGGAGAAGGAGGAAGAAGAAGAGGAAGAGGAGGAGGAGGAAGAAGAGGAGGAGGAAGAGAAGGAGCAGAAUGGAUCCAAAAUCCCAAAAAAAGGAGGGAGGAGGAGGAAGAGGAGGAAGAGGAGUACGGAAUCGCAUCCAAAUCCCAGCGGUUUUCCCAAAAAAAAAGAAGGGAAGAGGAAGAAGAGGAGGAGGAAGAGGAGGAAGAAAACGGGAUGGAUCCAGGCGGGAAUUCCCGCUCCUGUUCCAGAGGAAUCCGCCCAAAAUCCCGGCAGUUUUCCCCCAAAAAAAUGGGAAUUCUUUGAGGCCGAGUCAGUCUAAUCCCAAAUCCCGCUUUUUUCCCACCUGGAAAAUUAAUUAAAUCUUAAAGAAAUUAAUUAGAGGCAAUUAAAGUCAAUUAAUCCAAUUUAUCCCCCCUUUAAUCCAAUUUAAUUCCCCUUUUUAAUCCCAAAAUUCCCCAAUUUAACACCGAGAAUUCCCAAUUUCAUCCCCAAUUUGGGAAAAUUCCCUUUUUGCCAGAAUUCCCACCUGGAAUUCCCUAAAAAAAACCAAACCCAAACCCAAAAUUUCUGGGAAUUUCCCGGAUUUUCAGGGAUUUCCUGGAUAUUCCCGCUCCCAGCUCCGGAUCCCGAUCCCGGAAUUUUCCCUGGAUCGGGGAUUUUGGAUUCCCGGGAUCGGAUUUCAGGCCCCGCCCGGGGGCGGCUCCUCGGAGGAAUUUUCCCCUUCCCGGAUUUCUCCGGGAGCCUCCAACUCGAUUUUAUCCCAAAAAAAAAACAAAAGGAAUUUUUUGGGAAUUUUUUGGUUUUUUUUUUUUUUCCCCGCCGCUGGAAAUGGGAAUUUCCCCCCUGGAGCGCCGCGUGCUGAUCCCAGGCCCCCCACCAUGAAACACUGCUUCUACAACGAGACCCUCGGCUUCUUCUACAACAACAGCCGCAAGGAGCUCAGCCCCCACUGGCGCCCCAAGGACGUCCUGGUGGUGUCCCUGGGCCUGGCGGUCAGCGCCGUCGUCCUCCUCACCAACCUCCUGGUCAUCGCCGCCGUGGCCACCAACCGCCGCUUCCACUACCCCAUCUACUACCUGCUGGCCAACCUGGCCGCCGCCGACCUCUUCGCCGGCGUCGCCUACAUGUUCCUCAUGUUCCACACCGGCCCCAGAACCGCCCAGCUGUCCCUCAAGACUUGGUUCAUCCGCCAGAGCCUGCUGGACACCAGCCUGACCGCCUCGGUGGUCAACCUGCUGGCCAUCGCGGUGGAGCGGCACCGCACGGUGCUGACCAUGCAGCUCCACAGCGAGAUGUCGGCGCAGCGCGUGGUGGGAUUGAUCUUCUCCAUCUGGGCGGCGGCGCUGUUGUUGGGUUUGAUCCCGUCCUACGGUUGGCACUGCCUGUGUUCCUUGGAGAGCUGCUCCAGGAUGGCGCCGCUCUACAGCCGCAGCUACCUGACCUUCUGGGCCGUGUCCAACCUGGCCGUGUUCCUGGUCAUGGUGCUGGUCUACGGGCACAUCUUCGUCUACGUGCGCAGGAGGAUGGCGCGCAUGGCGCGGCACACGGGCGCCCACCCGCGGCACCGCGACACCGUCAUGGCGCUGGUCAAGACCGUCACCAUCGUGCUGGGCGCUUUCGUGGUUUGCUGGACCCCUGGCCAGGUCCUGCUCCUCCUGGACGGGCUGGGCUGCCAGAGCUGCGACGUGCUGGCCGUGGAGAAAUACGUGCUGCUGCUGGCCGAAUUUAACUCGUUAAUUAACGCCGUGGUUUAUUCCUGGCGCGAUAACGAGAUGAGGAACACCUUCCGCCGCAUCCUGUGCUUCCCGUGCCCGCGCCGCUCCAAAUACGCCGCGCCCGAGCGGGGGCUGCACUCCCACAACGGCCACUUCACCGUCGAUUCUUCCAUCUAG